AGCCGUCAAUAGUGUGUGUCCGCGAGCUUCAAUGAUCGUGGUUUUCUUCGUUAUAAUGUUAUCGUUCUUCCACCACCACCACUCAGGUAGUUUUUUUUUUACAGGAAGUCACGCCGUGGUGUCAAUCCCCACACGAGCCAAGAAGUACGUACUUCUUCUACCACUCAAGUAGUGCUAGGGUCACAUCAUCCACGAAACGUCCUCCUCUCAUAGGUGCGAAGAGAAAAGUCCAGACUUUGAUUGAACAAGAAACAUUCAAAUGGGAAUUCUCUCUCUGGUAAAAAUGCCCACCCUGCUCGAGACGAAGGACGCAAGUCCGGCGACCGCAGCCGGCGGCCGUGCCCGGAACCGCACGCCGAUGAAAAAAGCAGGAGGUUCUUCCACGCCGAUGAAGAAGGGUGCAGCGUCCCCAACGGCUUCGCCGAAGAAAAACUCAUCAAGUCCUACGGUGGCCAAAUCCCCUGUUUCCAGCACAACUUCUUCCGCUUUGAAGAAACGGCUCCAGCGGGUCCUGUCGAACGUGGACGGCGACCUGGAAAGGUUCCGCGCCAAGGGAGUGUACUGGCUUUGCGCACCGCUGUUGUUGGCUUGUUUGCUCUACCGCGUGUUCCUGAUGCACCGUGUGGUUUCGCUCCCAGCCGCGACGGUGGUCGCCGACAAGGGCUCGCUGUGGUCCAUGCUGACCUUCACGAAAACGCCCGUGGUGGUGGUGGAGAAGGGUAUUGGGUUUUUUUGGAUUCAUUUCUCACAAUUAUUUGAACUUCAUUCACCGUGAGUCCGGCUCCGGUCGUCGCGGUUUGGCAUGCAUAUACGUGCCCUUUCAGAGAAGAUUUAGACCGAAACUAACCUGGUUAGUAUCGGUGUAAAUCUUCUCUGGUCAUCAGGUUUUGAACCACAAACGCAAUAUCAAUGUCAAAAUUCAACAGCUCUCCUCUCCACCUCCCUACUCAACGCACUGGCUCUCACUUUGGCCACCGUUUUGGUCGCCAGCAAUUCCAUUCUUCGCCUCCACUGGCCCUCCAGCUACGUGCCGGCCCGCCAAGUCGAUUCCGGGUUCCUCAAGUCACCGAUUUGCGCCCGGAUGCUCGCAACGGUGUGCGAGUUCGCGUUCUACAAGCUCGAGGCGCACACUUUCGGACUCUACUUCUACAGCUGGGAUGAACAAGGGUACUUAAAGAUAAAGUUUGUUUUUCGACAUGCAUGGAUAGAACAUCAAUACAAUACGCAGAGCAGCUAGAGCUACGAGUACAACAUGACUUUUAGAAAAAUGACACGUCCACCAAUUUGUGUCAAAUGACUAUCCCAGUGCCUUCCACGUCGGCGUCGUUGGCCUGCUCUGCACCGUCGGCGAGCUGCUGUGCUGGGCGCACUUGCUGCUGCAGUCGGAGCUUCUCGGCUGGUUGGAAGACAGCACCUGGACCGUGCUGCAGAUGAGCGUGCUGUACUUGACGAAUUUCGACGUCACCGCCUGCGUGCUGUUGCUCCCCUACGUGCUGCACAUGGAGUUCCUGCUCCUGCCCCGUCAGUUUUCCCGGGUGUGGGCGGACUUGGUUGCGGAAAAGAAGUGGAAGAACAACUGGGCGGGCGUGAAAACGCAUUCCACACCGGACGCCGACACGCUCUCCUGGAUGACGACCUCGCUCCUGGCCGCGCCGGUCUUGUUCGGCAUUCUGCUGUGCGUGCCCGCGAGCGCAACAUUUUUGCCGCUGCAGGAGGACUUGGUGUCAUCCACGCAGCACGGCAGCCUCACGUUCGCUCUGCAGCAACUGCUGACCUUCUUGGCCCUGACGGCGGUCAAUUUGUCGGUGGCGCUGGUGAUGGGCAAAAAGCACGAAGCCAUGUCGCUCGUGCACAUGGUGCUGCGAAAGUGAAGGGACAAAGUUGCAUCUCUUUUCGAUGAGGACAUUCUUGUUUUUCGAGAAGUGAUGAAAAAGUAGGCAGCUGCAAGUGCAACAGAUCGUGAUUGAUUUUGCCCGCUGCUCUUCCCGGCGUUUUCGAAUUGUUCAUACAAACAUGCGUUUUACUAAAACAUUUACGUGAAUUUCACAUUUAAACAAGCAUUUUUACCUUCAUCUGGGAUACUGCCGAAGUGUUUCUAUGACACUGGCGCUCAAAAGUCAAACAGUCUACCCGUAUAAAUUUACCACCCAGUCUUCGAUUUUACUUUUACCAGUGAGCUGGCACUUUCGCAAAAUCCUGCGUAUGGUGCGGUCACGUGUGCAUGCAGUAUCUUUCUUCCCCCACUUUAUGUCAAGCCCAAGCGUCUAUUGUUAGAACAUUGCAUCACCAGUUAGUUUAAACCUUUCAAUUUCCUUUAUCCAACCGUAAUUCGCAAAACCACAGCUUGCAGUGUGUGACAACGAGCACAGGAGUCCGUUCCCGUAUGGCCACACGCUUGCUGCUGGUUCACCACGAGAGUUCUUGUUUCUUUUCAGAUAAACGUGAAUCAUUUUCAUUUUUACAGUCGUGGUGGAGCUAAGCCAAAGCCAUCAUUAUCCUGGGAAAAUUUUUAUGGAAAGUACUUCCCCGUGCGCAUCAUAUCCUGUCCAUUUCUAAAUCUUAAUCACUACCACCCUAGCAUAUGCAUCGUAAGAACACUGUACAAAAUUUUUGGAAGCAGGCUGUAAGAUGAACGCGACGUCUUCUGUGAAGACGAUAAGUACGACGUUUUCAGAUGAAUACUAACUAGUAUCUUUCUGAGAAUUAAGUAUCCCAAUGUUGCUUUUCAUGGCGACCAAAU